AUGAUUGCUGAAAAUAGGACACAGGUGCCGAUCAACUCGAGUAUGACAUGGAAAUGUUGGACGCCGUUGAAGUGCAAAAUUUUGGUGUGGAGGGCAGACGUUAAUUGGCUCCCAACACGGGCGGAGCUUCUUAAACGUGGUGUUGCUUUUAAUGAUGGAUCGUGUGCCAUAUGUAAUGAGGAUUUGGAAACUAUGAUGCAUUUGUUCACAGGUUGUGUGUUCUCGGAUGAAAUUUGGGCGCGAGUGGGAUCUUGGUGUCGUUUAAGUCCCAUCUAUGCUUUUGAAGUGAAAGAUCUUUUGAAGAUGGCGGGUACUCAAACGAAGACGAAGAAGGAGAAAUACAUUCUUAGAGGCAUUAUCUACACUACAAUGUGGUCGAUAUGGAAUGAACGUAAUGCUAGAAUUUUCAAGGGCAACUCUCGUAAACUGGUCGAGGUGGUGGAAAUUGUCAAAUCUACGGCGUUUUUGUGGAUUCGUCAUAGGUCUAGUUUGAAAGGUAUUGAUUGGAAUAUUUGA